AUGGAUUUCAGAACAACUUGCUUAGCAUAUCAAGACAAUUUUAGUUUUUAUGAUCCAUCACUUAUGAAAGCUUACCAAGAUUACAUUCAAGCUUAUCAACAAAAGACAUCUCUUUAUAAUAUACCUAGAUAUAAUAUACCUAGAAAUAAAAGCAACAGAAUUAAUUUAAUUAUAUAUAACACUGAAACUGAAACCGAAGAAGUCAAGACCUUGCAGACUCCACAACCACUAAAGAGAUUUCCUUGCAUAACUCAACUUCCAAACGGCAAGCUAUUCUGUUGUGCUAAUACUAAACUUUCUGGGAUUACAGUUCUGAUUGAUGUGAAUGGUAGAUUCGAAGUGCUGACAUCUGGAACUCCUCAUGAGAGAUCAUCAUAUAUCUAUUUCAACAACAGCGUCUAUUGCUUUAUAGGAUGAAAUAGAGGUUAUUGAGCUCCAUCUAGUAGAUUUGAUUUAGAUCAAAAUCGAUGAAUUCAAUUAGCUCCAAUGUCAAAAGAUAUCUUGAAAUGCAAUAGCAUAAUAUUGAAUGGAAAUAUUUUGAUUUCUGGAUAUGCAAGUAGAAAUCUUUUGCUAUACUCAAUUGAUAUUGACUCUUUCUCAAUAAUACCUUAUGAUUUUGGUCGAGACAAAUGAAAAAUCCUAAUAAAUAUAGAGAGACUAUAUCUGAUUGAAUGCGAAAAUGGAUUAAUAUAUGAAAGCGAAAUUGGAAUUUUAUAGGGUUUUUACCCUUAAUAGCCCAAUAAGGGCAGAUGAUUCUCUGCAAUCAUCAAGCUGAUCCAACCAACUUAGUGCCUUGGUCGGACAACUCGAUUAUUCCGCCGGGAAUCUGCUCUUAUCGGGCUAUUAAGGGUAAAACCCUAUACUCGAAUUGAAAGCGAAUAGGAAAAUCAAAAAUUAAUUGUCAUCCUGAUCAAGUGUAUUGUUCAUAUAAUAAAGGAGGAAUAUGGAUCUCAACGAUUUAUAAAUCGGUUAGAGAAUAUUUUUAUUUUAAUUUAGAUCAGAAAAAAAUUAUUGAUGUUGCUUACGGUAAUGAGUCAAUCUCGCUUAAAAGAGUAGGCCAAAAGAUUGAAGCAAUAAAAUGCAAUAACCAGGAUUUUAAUAUUGAUCCUUCUUAUCUGGAUGAAUGCAAUGUAAAAGAUAUUGCUCUAAGUACUUUAGGAGAAAAUCUAGCGAAAAUUAAUUUCCUUGACGAAGAAAUCAAACUCUAUCCAAGAGAUCUUUUUGCAUACUAUCAUAAAGGCAACGCUUUUUAUAAGUUACAAAGAUAUCUAGAAGCAAUCGAAUGCUAUGACAAAGCAAUCAAACUCAGUCCAGGCUAUGAUUAUAUAGACAACAAUAAAGGCAACGCUAUUUCUCGUUUAAAAAGAUAUUAUGAAGCAAUUGAAUGCUAUGAUGAAGCAAUCAAACUCAAUCCAAACGCUAUUUUUUACGAUAAUAAAGGCGCCGUUUUCGAUGUUUUGGAAAGAUAUCUAGAAGCAAUCGAAUGCUAUGAUGAAGCAAUCAAACUCAAUCCAAACAAUCCUGAUUAUUACAAUUAUAAAGGCAACGCUUUUUAUGAUUUACAAAGAUAUAUAGAAGCAAUCGAAUGCUUUGACAAAGCCCUCGAAAUCUGACCAACCUAUGAUAAUGAUAUUUACUGGAAGAAAGGAUCUGCUUUAUAUAAAUUAGGUAGAUAUCCUGAAGCAAUAAAAAGCUAUAACAAAGCAAUCAAAAUCAAUCCAAGUAAUGCCAAGUAUUAUAAUGAUAAAGGCAAUACUUUUUAUGUUUUAGAGAGAUAUCAAGAAGCAAUACAAUGCUAUGAUGAGGCAAUCAACCUUGAACCCGAUAAUCCUUUGCUUUUUUGCAACCGUGCUAGAGUAUUUAAUAAUCUCAGAGAGGAAGAAGCUACUUUGCAGGACUUUAAUACGGCUUAUAAUUUGAAGCAAGGAAGUCAAGUAAGUGAUGUUUUCACUGGGGGCGAAUGAAAACUUUCUGAAGAGGAUAUCAAGUUUAUUAACGACGUAUUAGGAAGAGACCGUUUUGAGCUACUCCAAAAAAUGCAGAUUUAG